CAGAAGAAAACGCAGUGGGUGGGAGGAAUUGAUUCGAGCUAUAGAAAGCAAGGGUUUAAAUUGACUGUUUCGAAAAGUAAAGGGCAAAGAAAGUGAAUCUCCAGAUUGUUUAAUGACCAAUAAAGCAAAAGAGACAAGAAAAAGGAUCAAAUUCUGAUUCUUCCUCCUCCGAUUUUGACUCAAUUCAAUUCCUUCUUUCGUCGUCGCCGUUCUUCUGAUUUUUUUCAACUCAUCUGCUCGAAAGGGCAGGUGCUUGAGAAUAUCAUUUGAAGAAGGUGAUCGAUCUCUGUUGCCCUUUUUUUGUAAUAGUAACGUAUCUGUAACUGGAAACAGACGCUGCUUGCCCAUUUAUCAAAGUCCAAACCUUUAUCAGAGCCGCUGCCUUUGUUAUCAUGCCGUAUUAUAUUCAGAGGCUUUUCAACACUUGCAAGGCCUCUCUCUCACCUAAUGGACCUGUGUCUGAGGAGGCCUUAGACAAGGUUCGCAACAUGUUGGAGAAAAUCAAGCCGUCUGAUGUUGGUCUCGAACAGGAAGCUCAGCUGGUGCGUAACUGGUCUGGUCCUGGGAACGAUCGUAAUGGAAACCAUAAUUCUCUGCCAGCCAUCAAAUACCUUCAUUUACAUGAGUGUGACAGCUUCUCGAUUGGAAUUUUCUGCAUGCCACCUUCGUCUAUCAUACCACUUCAUAACCAUCCAGGCAUGACAGUGGUAAGCAAGCUAGUCUACGGUUCGAUGCACGUGAAGUCAUAUGAUUGGGUUGAGCCUGAUCCAUCAGAGUUAGACGAUCCAUUACAAGCAAGACCUGCAAAGCUGGUCAAGGAUACGGACAUGACGGCUCCUUGCCCAGCAACCACACUAUAUCCAACAACCGGCGGCAACAUCCAUUGUUUCAAAGCCAUUACUCAUUGUGCUAUCUUUGAUAUCUUAUCUCCUCCCUACUCUCCUACUCAUGGAAGACACUGCAACUACUUCCGCAAAUCCCCAAUCCGUGACUUACCUGGUGAGAUUGAAGUGAUGAAUGGAGAAGUGAUAUCAAAUGUGACAUGGCUUGAAGAGUAUCAGCCUCCAGAUAACUUUGUGAUAUGGAAAGUUCCUUACAGAGGUCCUGUGAUUAGAAAAUGAGUUCAUGACAGCACAGAAGAAAUGAGCAGACGAAAGAAGAAUGUAGCUGGAGAAUAAAAUUGGUAAACCAUUCAGAAGACUAGGCUACUGGUUUGUGGUCAAAGAGGUUCUUUACGUAUGAUAAUGUUUUACUACUACUUACAUCUUUACUAUUUUACUUUACUAGUUUUAAUAAUGAUAAUAUUUUUGUCUACAUAAAAGAACAAUUGUCCACAAACAAUGUAAUUUAGUUUCAUAAAUUUACAGUUUCAUCCA